AUGUCGAGCACCGUCUCUGACGCCGACACCAGGGCCGCCGACUACGAGACGGUCGAGCGCCGCUACAACAUUGCUGUUAAUCUCGAGUCCUGGGAGCUCCUGGCGAUGCACUCGAUUGCUAGCGACGAGAGUAUCCCUCGUGUCCGUCUUCGCAUGUUGAAGUCCCUCGCUGGUUUAGUCGGAACCGAUACUCCUCCGGCGUCGCCGUCGUCCUCUACUUCUCGCCGUGCGCCACAGUGA